AUGGCCGGCAUUUAUCGCACUUCGACACAUGUAGGCGUAUACAAACAUCUACACAGUCAUACUGCAUAUUCCCUGCAUUCUUCAUUCUGCAUAUUAUUUAAACAACCUGUCACUUACAUAGCUUUUAGACGAAAUGCAAGUGCGUUUGCAUCACGCAAACAGUUACUUGGAGGACACAGUCUCGCUGACACCUCGAAAACGACAGCAAGAGAGUCAACAAGAGCAUUAAGCACGACUACAAACACUAACCCAAAAUCCGAAAACCUCAUACCGUCCUUUGCAGCCGCGCGGACAAAGAACAACAAUAAUAACGACACAAAGAGUUCCUUACUGGAAAAGAAGAAUGAUAAAAAUGUCAAGACCAACAAACCCGAACCUGCUACUAUGAAAAUACUGAAUACUCCGAAUUCUUCUAUCGUAAGGCAUCGGCUAAAUAAUCUUGGCAUAUUAGACGCGUACGUUCCGCCAGAGAAAAUGCCAAAGAUGUUUACGAAAGAAUAUUUCAGAAAACUUCGGCAACGGUCAAAGAAUUUUUGGAAAAAUUUUAUUCACGUUGGGCUAACGAGACGAGCAGAGUAUAAAUUAAGGCUCCCAGCAGACAAACAAUGGAAACCUACCCUGUUUAAAAUAGAAGCCGUUGAAACAUACAAGGAAAUGAAUAGACAUUUUGCAGAAGGAAACAUCAAAGGUCUCAAAAAAUUUUGUCACGAGCAUAUGUUACAGGGGUUUAAAAAUCAACUGAAAUCGAGAUCACCAGGCAGAUACGUAUGGAAAUUUGGAGGAAUGGUCGAAAAGCCACGUAUCGUCAAUGUUCGAGCCUUUCAAGUCAUGAAUCCAACCGAGUAUGUGCUUAAUCAAGUUAUCAUCCGUAUACACUCGAAACAGUCCUUGGUCGUUUACGACACUUCUAAUAACUUGCGCGGAGGGGAUCCAAACAAAUUCCGAAAUGUCCUAGAAUAUGUAGUAUUUCAGCGACGUUUAUGGGAGCCGGAUGAGGGUUGGCUUAUUUACGGUUAUUAUGUGCCCGAGAGAGGUCCAAAUAAUGCCGUGAGCCAGACAAAAGAUGGUAAAAAAUAA